CGUAACAAAACGCAAAUUUAGACGCUUGACCGAGGAGUUGCUGGAAUGUGCCGUACGGAUCACAGCAAUAUUAUCAUCGGUAAACAUUCGAAAAUGUAAACCGUAAUCGUAUCGAGGUGCAAGUUGUUUUGUAUUUUAUAAGUUUGUUUUGGUUAAAGUAUAGCUGAGAAUACAAGCCGUACCUAUAUAUUGCAGAAGCGAGCCUGCAAAAGCAAAGCGGUAGUGCGACUCGAAGGGAAACAGCAAUUCAAUUUCCCGCAGGGAAAUGGUUGUAUGAUGCAAUAUUUAAAGCGUUUGAUCAGUUAUACCGAUUCGCAAACUGUGAAGGUGACUAAACAGUGAAGGCGAAGUAAUCGAUAAUCUCAUCACACAAGUGCAUACGAAGAAGAUUCCCCUUUGGUUGCUGUACAUCGUCGUUGCGUAUGUGUGAGUGUGUUUGUGUGUGUGUGUGCAGUUGUCUUAAGUUUGCAAAAAAUUUCCACUGCUGGUAUAGCGGCUCCCACAGCGAGGUGUAAUAAGGAAUUAAGUGUGAAGCAAUAAUAAUCACCGUACGCGAAAGAGGAAUACGAAUAGAAAGGUUGAACAAUCUCACCGGGACGAACCGACGGGCAAUUUAUGGUGGACGUGCUGGAUUAGAGAAAGGUGACAGUGUACCGCUAAGAGGUGUACAGAGAAGACGAAAGAAAAAAAAGGAUUAGAACAUCAUAACCAGGGUUGGUGUUGUGUUACGCCUAAAGCUACAAGAUGGAGAACGGUGGUGAUGAUCGGGUUUAUGCAGCGGAGAAGAUUAUGAAAAAGCGCGUCCGUGCGGGCAAAGCAGAAUACCAGGUGAAAUGGAAAGGAUGGAGCCAGCGGCACAAUACCUGGGAACCGGAGGAAAACAUUCUCGACCAGCGUUUGAUAGAAAUAUUCGAGAAGUCUAUACGUGGCUCGUCAACACCGAAGCGCAAAAAGAAGGCCAUAAUCGAGGACUCGGAUGAGGAUGAGGAACCGACCAGUACAAUGGGCCCGACAUCCGAGCCGGAUCCGCCGAAGAAAGACGAACGUAAGGAACCAUCAUCGAGCGCCGGUCGGAAAGAUCGUGAAGAUAAACAACAUCACCAAGGAGGAUCUAAAAAGGAAAAGGAAACGGGUGCGGGUGCCGUAUCAAGCAGCAGCACGAACACCGGUACUACCGAAAGCACAAAACGAAACAAUAGCAUCAGUCCGAUUGGCAGCAGUUCAUCGACGAAAGAAAAAUCAACUGCAUCGGGACACGCGGCGACAACGGCAGGGAUCGAGCGAAGCGACAGUGCAUCACCAUCGGUUGCUGGAAGUGGAUCGGUAGUUCCAUCCGGCGGUGUACAACCACUACCCAGUUUGAAGAUCUCGAUAUCCACCGAUCGUGCCGAGCUGGGAAACGAUCUUGACACCAACUCCAACUCGAGCGAUGAUCAACCGCUGAGCCAUAAGGAUGUCAUCGGUACGAAGCGAAAGGCCGAAGUGCUUUCGAAGGGUGGGAAAGUUGGUGUGACCAUAAAAACAUCUUCGCCUGGUGACGAAUCACCCGGCGGUCUGUUGAAGGCCCAGCGGCUUGAAGUAAGUCCGCUGUCCGGUUCGGGACCGGUUGCAUCCGGAUCCACCGUCACGCCGAUCAGUGCAACUUUCAGCAAGUUGGAUCUGAAAGCGGUUGCUCCGCUAUCACCCGAUACGCCCGCUUCCCGGCCCGAAUCGAACAUUCCGCCACCGGCCGAAGCCAAUGCGCUUCCCGGCGGUGCAGCAGCAGUAGCGGCGGGCGGACUGCCGGCCGGCAGGGAGGAAGCAAACCCUUUAGAAGGUCAGGUUGCUGGGCAACAGCAGCAGCAACAACCGCAGCAGCAGCAGGACGGUGCAGCUAAUGGUGCCAACGCGCGACUACAUAACGACGCAUUUCCGCUGACCAACGGUAACAGCAACACUAACAACAAUAUGCAUAUAACCAUAAACAAUAACAAUAUAAACAAACAUGUCAGCAAUCUAACUCUUUCGCCGCGGGCGGCUCCACCCCGUCUUUGGCUUCCGAAGGCGCAAACGACCAACCAGGUGUUUAUUACGGAUGUGACUGUUAACCUGGAGACGGUUACCAUACGCGAGUGCAAGACGGAGGAGGGUUUUUUCAAAACGCGUGACAUGCAACAGCAACAACAGCAGCAGCAGCAGCAACAACAACAACAACAGCAACAACCACGAGUCGGUGAUCUUCUAAGCAAUUAAGCAGCAAGAUAGUAUUUUUACUACGAUCAUCAUAUGACGUCGAUCGUCUUACGUAUUUUCCUUGUACCUGUAAAAAUGAGCGAUGCAUUUUUGGCUAUGUUGGGAAAUGGUUUUUUUCUACUAUGUAUAACGCUCUUUACCAGAAAAAAAGGGGAAUGUGGCCAAAGUUCUGCAAUUUGCAAAAAAAAAACGGAAAUCAAACAAUAACGAUAGGUACCUUUUUUCUGUAUUGGUGGCGGCUACCAUGUGUGAUCCACGAUGGUGUUGCUAGCACACUUACUAUCUGGCUAGGGCACAAGCCUAACGUUUUAGGUCGUCAGCCAGUAGUGGACUAAGCCAAGCAGCAGCCAUGCAGGAAAACAGGAGGGAUAAAGGGAAAAUAAUGUACAUACUACGCAACGUAAGGUAGCCUUCUAGAGCGGCUAAGGGUAUUGAAAUGGGCUGCAUUAGGUCAGAACGAUCAUCACCAUUUCGAAUGGAGUUACUCCUUUUAACAGUGUAAGGUGUGGUUUGUGCAUGUAUAUAGACGUUUAGGGGAAGUUUUCGAUGUUAGAACAAGGGCAGAGGCUACAAGUGGGAUAACAUUUAAUGCUAAUGUGGAGCUAAGCGUACAAUUUUUAAUAUUCUCAAAACCCAGCAACAUUCGAUGCGUUUUGAUGGCAAAUAUGAACCUAUAGGAUAAUUCUCCUCCACAAUUCUCAGAUCCUUUCCCCGUGCGCUUUGCUGACAGUGUUAGCAUAAAGCGUGCUAAGGGAAAGGACAUGCUUUUAAUUUUAUGCGGUAAAACGGUUUACAAAUUUCGUAAAUCUCUGCGUUAAAAUAGAUAUAUUUUAAAUGAGAAAUUCCGUUCCUACAUGCCACACCUCUCUCUUUUUAUUUUGCUAUUCGAUUUUGUUGCUUACUUUCUCCACAGCAAAAUAUUCUCUCUAAUGAAGGUACCAUACAUACAUUUUGAUAAUGUAGUUUUUAAUUAAAUUGCUCGGUUGGUUUCGCCCAUCGAAUCUUUUUAUCGCUAUAUGCUUAUAAUUUAGAUAAUAACAUAAGAAUAACCAAUCCAGUGCAACAACUAUCGAGCUUUUAUUUCUCACUUUGUUUAAGUAACUUUGCGCAUUGGAGGUGUUAAUGUAUUCCGGUAAAAAAAAACAACUGCAUUUUCCUCUUGUUUGUAGCGAUAAGUUGUCAGUUGAGUUGAAAAAUUUGCAAUGAGGUUUUUGUUCAGUAACUAAGCGAUUUGUUUUUUAAAAUAUUAUUUAUUGAUAGCAAACGGGCAUAUGAGCGUGCGCAGAAUAAUGCGUGUUUGGGUCUCAAGCGUACGAAGAAUCCUUUUUAAAGAGGCUUCAAUACGGAUCUACACAUAUGCUUAAUUUAUCGCCUAGAUCCAUCUCCGGAAGAAUGGCAAGAAUGUUCCAAAACUUGAAACCCUAUUAAUCGUAAUCGUCUAACGAGUUACUCAUUUAAUAUGCCAGCGAUCUUCGCUGUUAGAAUUUAGUUUGGGCAUUAGAGGCAGAAAUAAAGAUUUUAUUUGUAAGCUAUCGUUUUAAGGGGAGAUAUACAUUCGGAAGCUGGCCAGAAUUUUUUUUUUAUUUUAAUUUAUGAACAGAUAGCAAACGUCUAAAGCUGAAAAAGCAAUUUUUAACUGAAAUGAUCACCAAUAUUCAAAAACUCUCGUCAAGUACUAGUAAAUUGUGUACAGAACAUACGAAUAAAAUUUAGGUUCCGAUUUGAAAGAUUUAUUAAGGCAAAACAAACUGAACAUAUGCGUUUCGACCUAAGAAUGAACAUUAAAAAAAUAUAUUAUUUUUUUAACAUGCUGACUGUAUAUCUCCUUUUAAAUAACAACACCAUGCUCAACGGAAAAUAACGGAAAGUAAAUGUGGUCACAAACUGUAUGGUAUGAUGUAUGAUCUUUUAAUUUAUUAUAACACACCAUUUUCCCAGCAUUUACUCGUGCGCUUUGAGUUUAAAUUAUUGCACCGUUUGGGGGCGUAUUUAUCUCGUUGUAUGUUUGAUUAGACCGGGCACAUUAGCCUUUUUUCUAGAGGAUAGCAAGGAAACACCUUCACAACAAGCUCUUCAGGAUAGGUACAGCAACUUGUCGUCAGCUGGUGUACGUAAGCUGGCAUGUGUAUGGACCGCAACAGAGCAAUACAACUAUCCAAUGACCGGUGGAUAGACCGUAAAGUGAUCAAUUUAUGUGCGAUUUAUACUAGCACCGCGAAGGGGAACUCAAAACAACAAACUGCAAAAAGAAUAAACAGACAAACAAACAACCUUACAAUAAGCAAAGCAUUUUCUGCUAUCUAUAGAAUAGUGCAUUAAUAUCUUUCGUAGUUGAUAGUAAGAAAACAAAACAUCUACUGUUAUCAUAGUGUAAGCAAGUAAUUAAAACAGGCGUAUGGAAAUCCAGAAA